AUGGAACAUUCAUUGGUUCAAUUAAAUGAUUUACCUGACGAGAUUCUUAUGAUUAUUUUGAAGAAAUUGUGGAAUAUCCAAGUAUUGUACUCUUUAAUAGGUGUUAACAAACGACUCAAUGCAAUUGUACAUGAUCCAAUUUUUGCAAAUCGCUUAACGUUGAUGAAAGAUUUCUCAGCUUAUUCUAUCGAUCGAUUACCUGAUUCAAUACUUGAACGGUUUUGUUCAGAAAUCUUACCUGAAAUUCAUCAUAAUAUCAAAUGGCUUAAUCUUGAAUCAUCAAGUAUGAAACGUAUUCUUCUUGCUACAAAUUAUCCGAAUUUAUAUGGACUUGGUUUAUAUGAUAUUGAGAUAGAAACAGUUCUAUCUCUAGUUAAUGACGGAUCUUCCUCAACUUCUAUAGAUAAAAGUCAAAUUUUAGCACUUGUGAUCGAACGUACUACAUAUGGAAAAAUAAUUUCAAACAAUAUGAAUGGAACUAUAUUAACACAUAUCUUUACUACGUACUCGAAUCUACAAUGUUUAAAUUUUUGUCCAUCAUCAACUUGGAAUAAUCGAUUAUCAUUUGUCAAUCCAUCUCCAGGUAUUAACUCUUCAACUCUCUUAGAAUUGGAUGUCCGUUUGACGCGGUUCUCUGAUUGUCUUUAUAUACUUGAUGGACGUUUUAGUAAACUUCAUACACUUCAUGUUGAUAUUGGAUGCAUUAAGUCUUCGGAUUUAACAAACCAUAAUCAGGAAACAUUACCUAUACCUAAUAUAAAAUGUUUUUCAGUAUACUGUGAAGAGAUAACAAAUGUUUAUCGUGAAAUAAUUGUACCAUUUCUACGACGAAUGUCGAAUUUGGAAAAACUUAGUUUAAAUCUCGGUAUUUCUGUCAGAAAUACAUUUAUUGAUGGAAAUGAUUUGAAGCAAAAUAUUAUUAAUCAUUUGCCACUAUUAAAGAGAUUCGAAUUUUAUAUUUGCUCAAACAUUUAUACUUCUAAUCAAAUUUAUUUACAAUCAAAAGAAGAUAUUCAACAUACAUUCAGAGAUUUUAAAGAUGAUCACGUUAUUUCUUAUAUAGAUCAUUUCGAAGAAAGAGAAUGGAGUCUAUGUCAUAUCUAUUUGUAUCCUGAAAAAUUAAGAUAUUAUUACAUUGUAACAAAUAAUUUUCCUGGUGGCUUAUUUACAUGUGUUCGUGAAAUAACAUUAAAGGAUGAACAUCCUUUUGAACAUGAAUUUUUUCUUCGAAUUGCUCCAUCAUUUCCAUUUAUUACAUUUCUGUCUAUAGAAAAUUCGAAAUCCCAAAAUAAUAAAUUAUCCAAAGAAUCAGAGAAUAAUAAUCAAGUUUGUUCCAUCAUUAAAUAUCCCUAUCUUACAGCUCUUACACUUUACUUUGAUCAUGAUGAUUAUAUUGAAGAAUUUCUAAUUCAUACGAAAAUAUGUUUACCAGAUAAUGCUGUUCAUCUAAACAUUCGCCUUGAACAACUGGAAAGAGUGACAUACAAUUUUACAAGAGAUGCAACACGAAUCAAUUGUGCAAAACUUCGUUCAUUAUGUCUCAAUGGUCAUCGGCUUCCUGAAUAUGCAGAAAACUAUUUUCCAAAUGUAUAA